AUGGCUGCAACACCAAGUCGCCAGCCGGAUGGCUUAAUUCCGAAGCUGGAUGAUUUCCUAUCAGCGCACCCCGAGAUCCAAAUCGGCCGAACCGCCCUUGAAAGUCUUCAGUCCGCUUAUGAUGGCAAAGACUCAUUUUCCAUCAUCAACAAACCCUUCGGAAACAUGGUGCUUUACCAAGAGUUCGAUGCCGAUACACGAGAGCGCAUAUACGUGGUUGCAUUGGUCGACGAUCCGAAGGGCCUUGAGUAUUAUCACAGAGAAUGCGGCGAAACAUCUGAAGGAGACACUUGCGAUUGUGCAAAAGACAAUGGACCAGAGCAUUUGGUCUAUGAGCGUAUCGUAGAAUACAAAGCUGCAGAUUGCAAGAAGCACAAGGAUGAUCCGGAGCCAGACCCUGACUGUUCUGCGUGUUGGCCAGUCUUGUGCGGAAGCAAAUGUACUCCGUGA